UCUAUUUUUAGAUGAUUGUUAUUAAUUAUUAUCUAUAAAAAAUACUGUCCCGUUAUUUUCAUAGAAAAGAUAUUUUAAAAAAAGAAAAGAAAAGAAGAGAAGAAAGUGGAAGAGACAUCUUAUUUAGAAUUCAUUAGAGACAAAUCUCUAGCGAGUCAAGCGUGAGCAUUGAAAUAGAUGCAUCACAUAGUCGAAGAAUCACGACGCUGUGUGUACGAUCCAGAAUAUUUAUGAUGUAUGUAUGUAUGUAUGUGUGUGUAUAUAUGUAUAUAUAUAUGUAUAUAUAUAUGUAUAUAUAUAUAUGUGUAUAUAUAUGUGUAAGUAUGUAUGUAUGUGUAUAUAUGUACGUAUAUAUGUGUACGUAUAUAUGUAACUACGCGUAUGUAUGUAUUUAACACAUCACUCAAUAAGUCUCCGGUCUGACACAUAUAUGGCAACACUGUUACAGACCCAUAUGAUUUCUGGAUAAUAGCAUCCUUCAAACGAUAUAUAUCAAAAUUUCAUUCUGAUAAAUAGUUUACAGGUUACAGUGGGUUUAAUGAUCCCAGUUUUGUAAUUUUUAAAACAAUGGAUAAUGGCAAAAAAGAAUUUCGUAUGUUAAUUAAACAUUAUUUUUUGAUGGGGAAAAAUACUGUUGAAGCCAAACAGUUGCUUGAUAAGCGUUAUGGAAACUCUGCACCAGGGAAAUCAACUAUUAUUGACUGGUUUCACGAAUGAAUUUAAGAUGAUCGCCAAUGAUCGAUUCGACAGUGUCCUCAAUAAGAUGAAAGAGUAGAUUAAAAAACAAAAUGGAUAAAUACGAAAAUAUCGAAAUCGUCGGUGAAGGUAGUUACGGUGUCGUAAUGAAAUGUAGACAUCGUGAAACCGGCCAAGUGGUCGCGAUAAAAAAGUUUUUAGAAACAGAAGAGGACAUUCAAGUUCGAAAAUUGGCCCUACGAGAGAUUCGGAUGUUGAAGAAACUGCAUCAUGAGAAUAUCAUCGACAUGAUCGAGGUUUUUCGCCGUAGAAAAAGAUUUCAUUUGGUUUUCGAAUUCUUGGAUCACACUGUCCUCGAUGAAUUAGAACGAUCUGCUGAUGGCCUCGGAUUAGAAGUUUCGAAACGUUAUAUUUUUCAAGUACUUCGUGGCCUGAAUUUUUGUCACAAUAAUCACAUUAUGCACAGAGACGUCAAACCAGAGAACGUUUUGGUCUCGUCGAACGGUGUGAUCAAACUCUGCGAUUUUGGUUUCGCACGAUUGAUCAGCAGCUCGAAAGAAUCCUAUACGGAUUAUGUAGCGACGAGAUGGUAUCGUGCACCGGAACUUCUCGUUGGUGAUUCGAGAUAUGGCAAAGAAAUUGAUAUUUGGGCGGUCGGUUGUCUUUAUGCUGAAAUGAUGACUGGUGAUCCAAUUUUUCCAGGAGACAGUGACAUCGAUCAGCUUUAUAGAAUUACUAAAGUCCUAGGAAGUAUUCGCAGUAGACACCAGAUAUCAAUGGGACAAAACUUUCUUUUUAGGCCAUUACGAUUUACUACUGUUGACGAGCUCAUGAUUUCUCAAGAACCAUUAUCCUUACGAAAUCUCUUUCCUUCGUGGAGUUCAGUGAGCUUGGACUUUCUUUCACAGUGUCUUCGUAUGGAUCCAGAUGCUAGACCCAACUGUUCCACUUUACUCGACCACUUUCUUUUCCUUCAGGAAAAUUUCAGUAAGAAAUUUCUUAAAGAGUUAAAAAUAUAUAUCGCUAAGGAGUCGUAUUUAAAUCCAUUUUCGAGAAAAAAGAUCCAGGAUCGAAAAGCCAGCAUACUUUCAGCUAAGCAAAAUUGUAGAGUUUGGCACGGCAGCGCUGGAAAAUGGCAAAUGACGAUCUUAAACGAUACCAAAGAAUUACGCAACAAGAUAGAAUUUGAUAAUAGCGUCGAAGAAAUACAACGAAAGUUAUCGGCUUUGCAAAUCAGUCGUUCGCGAGAAGUUUGCUACUUUGGUCCGGUUUCCGUGAUGCCUAAUACGACUUAUAUACAAAGGUUGGAGCUUAAAGGUCUUCGAAUAAAAAAUUCGAAGGGUUGUUCUUUACCAGCCUUAAGGCCGAAAGAUUCGAUACAAGCGAAAACGAAUAGCAAGAGAAAAAGGCUGGAUUUGCCUUCUGUCGAUCAUUAAAAAUGUAUGUUUAUUCCUUAAUCAGUCUUCAUUGCUUUAUUAUAUCUUUUUUACCUUUAUUUCUUUUUUUUUUAAUUCUUUAAUAAGUGUCUUUUAAUUACGGGAUGGACACUUAGUAAGGGUCGAUGAAAGUAGCUACGAAAAUUUUUUAUAAUUCAUAUAAUUAAACUUGGAAUUAUAGUCAGUAUAAUAUAUAAAGGGACUUAUAUUCAACUUAUUUUAAUUAAUUAAUCGUCCAAUUAGCUUAAACAUUCACAGAGCAUUACAUGUGUGAACUUUUUCUUUUGAUGGUAAGAAUUUUAUGAUAAAAUAGUAUUAUGAAAUUACAGAGGUUAUGAUUUUUUUCGCUAUUGAAUAUCUGCGUGCAUAAUUUUUAUAUAUUCUAUAGAAUACAUAAACGAAUUUUAUUGACAAUGAUUUACAUAACUUUUGAUUGACGAAUAAAAUAAUUCAUUACGAUGUAAGACAAAAUACGAAUGAUAUUAUACGAAUUAUAAUAAUGUAAGUAAUACGGAAAUAUAGAUUUUGGGUAUGGUUGAGUAUGAAAAAGUAGAGAUUAUUAACGAAGUUAUCCCUUCGGUAGAAUGACAUGAAUAUAUUUUAUAUUUUCACAAAUUGUAAAUAAAAUGGAGUCUUAUUUAAUACGUUUAUAUAGAUAUAUCUGUAAAAUUUAUUUAUUAAUUUAAAAACUUUUAUCAUAAGGAUUGAAAGGUUUUGCUUUAUGAUACGAAAAGCGAUAGCUGGAAAAAUGAAAUUGACAACAUUAAAAUUGCUUUCGACAUAAUAUUGGAAAUUAUACGAAAAGCUAGUUGAGGAUUAACUUUAACGAGGCGAAACGCAGAAUUCGGACAUAAACGUACAAGUUUCCUGACCUGAUCCACUUGCAUAAUAUAGACGACUAAAGUUCUCGACCGUAUCUAAGCGUGGCCAAGAAAAUUCUAGCGAAAUAGUAUACGGAAGAAGAUAACUUUUUAUAAUUCAAUACUUUUUCGAUUGACACUUGGCCAAUGUAUUCAAUUUGUAUUGCAAUCUUGCUUAAUGAUAGCUUUUAACAUAAAUUAAAAUAUAAGUUUAAA